UAUCGAAAUUUUCCCGCGAUCACUGCAUAAACAAAGCAUUUGUUGGAAAAUUUAAUCAAAUUUAGAUUUUUUUGAACCAAAAUCCUGCCAGCUACAAAAAUGACUGACCAAGCAAGUCGUUCGACGAUUCAAACAACCGCAACGGGCCAAUCUGUGGCAGAAGACGAGGAAGAAAUCGGAGGACCUAUUCCUGUCUCGAAAUUGGAGGGCAACGGAAUCACCUCUGGCGACAUCAAAAAAUUGCAAGAAAACGGAUAUUACACCGUCGAAUCGAUCGCUUUUACUCCAAAGAAAGCUCUCUGUAUGAUAAAAGGCAUUUCGGAAGCCAAAGCAGAGAAACUUGUCACCGAGGCACACAAACUCGUGCCCAUUGGAUUCACAACUGCCACAGAUUUCCAUCAGAAACGCGCGGAAAUUAUUCAAAUCACCACUGGUUCACGUGAAUUGGACAAAUUAUUGGGAGGCGGCUUGGAAACGGGAUCCAUCACAGAAGUUUUCGGCGAAUUUCGCACUGGAAAGACUCAAUUGUGUUUGACGUUGGCUGUUACUUGUCAACUCCCAAUUUCCCAAGGAGGCGCCGAAGGAAAAUGCUUGUACAUCGACACCGAAGGCACUUUUCGUCCCGAACGCUUACUCAGCAUCGCCGAACGUUACAAAAUGGAUGCCAAUGCCGUGCUAGAUCACGUCGCCUUUGCUCGUGCCUUCAAUACGGACCACCAAACGCAACUUCUGAUCCAAGCAGCUUCCAUGAUGGCGGAAUCUCGUUACGCUUUGCUCAUCGUAGACAGCGCCACAGCCUUAUAUCGCACCGAUUUCAGUGGUCGCGGGGAAUUAAGUGCUCGUCAAAUGCAUCUCGCCCGGUUUUUGCGAAUGUUAUUGAAGUUGGCAGACGAAUAUGGGGUCGCAGUGUUGAUAACGAACCAAGUUGUGGCACAAGUAGAUGGCGCUUCGAUGUUUGCGGCAGAUCCGAAGAAGCCGAUCGGCGGGAAUAUCAUCGCGCAUGCAAGUACAACGCGUUUGUACUUGAGAAAAGGACGCGGCGAGAACCGAAUGUGCAAGAUUUAUGAUUCGCCAUGCCUGCCAGAGUCGGAAUGCAUGUUCGCGAUCAAGGCAUCCGGGAUUGGCGAUGCUACUGAGUGAUUUUUUCUUUGAUCUUUGAUGAGAUUUUACUUUUUUUGAUUAAUAAAUAUUUGUCUUAAUAUGUAA